CAAACAAUUCUCUGUUCUCUGCUAACUGCCUUAAUUCAAUAUUCAAGAAAAAAAAUAAAGAAGGUUUCAGUGAAUGGGUGAGAAAAAGGAGAAUGCUAAACCGGCCGAUGCCGGCAGCGAUGACAAGGUCACCGCCGUGUACAAGAUUGACAUGCAUUGUGAAGGAUGCGCGAAGAAAAUCAAGCGGGUGAUUAAGCAUUCCGAUGGUAAUUACAAAAUUAAAUCAUUCCUAAUCGGCGAUUCAUUCUUCAAAUCUGAAAUCGGAAUGUUCUAUAUUCGAUUGACCUAAUCUGAUUCCUAAACGGUUACAACAUGAAUUUAUUUUCCGUAUUCAAUGUUUUCUUGAAUGAUUUUACUGUUUUGUCCAUAUAUUUUGUUGAGAUUUAUCAAUUUUACUUUUCGUUAGUCUUGCCGUGAUAAAUGGGGGAUGAUUUGGAUAAGGAAUACAGCUAAUUGUGGGAUCCGACUUGACCAAGAAAAGAUUGGAGAAUUCGUUUGACAUGCGUGAAUGAAAUUCCAACGGCAAGUAAACCUAACACACAAGUUUUGUUUGGUGAAGGUGUGGAAGAAGUGAAGACAGAUUGCGGAGCCAACAAACUGACGGUGAUUGGCAAAAUGGACCCUGCCAAGAUCAAAGAGAGAUUGGAGGAAAAAAUAAACAAAAAGGUGGAGCUCGUCUCUCCUCAGCCGAAGAAGGACGGCGGUGGCGGCGAUAAAAAAGCCGACGAGAAGAAGCCCGAGAAGAAACCCGAGGAGAAAAAAGAGGAGAAGAAGGACGAGAAGAAAGCAGCACCUAAAGAGAGUUCGGUGGUUUUGAAGAUCAGAUUGCACUGUGAUGGUUGCAUAAAAAAAAUCCAGAAAAUCAUCUUGAAGAUCAAAGGAGUUCAAUCGGUAGCUAUAGACGGAGGCAAGGAUCUCGUAACUGUAAAAGGCACAAUGGACGAGAAAGAGCUGGUUCCGUAUCUCAAGGAGAAGCUGAAGCGCAACGUGGAGCUUGUUCCCGCCAAAAAAGAGGAAGGCGCGGGUGAAAAGAAGGAAAAAGAUGGCGGCGGUGAGAAGAAGGAAAAAGAAGCUGCUGCUGCUGGUGGCGAGAAGAAAGAAGGCGGCGGCGGCGGCGGCGGUGGGGAGGCGAAGAUGGAGAUGAAUAAGAUGGAGUACCACGGGUCUGCGUAUCCACCGCAGCCGAUGUACUGGUACGAUGGGCAGGCGCACGGGCAGGCGUACGGGCAGGGGUAUGGCGGCCCGAGUUAUGCGGUGGAGAACUACGCUGGGCCGAGCCAUGGUUACGUGAACUAUGGUUAUGUUAACCAAGGGUACGAGUUGGAUCCGCGCCAUCCGCUUCACGCGCCUCAGAUGUUCAGCGACGAAAAUCCUAAUGCAUGCUCCGUCAUGUGAGAAGCACGGAAGGAGUUAAAACGGCGAGAAAGAAAAAGAGGGACUUAAAUGUAAAUAAAGAAAUUGGCUAGGGAGAGAGGGAAGUAAAUACCAAAUUCAUGGUAGAUUAGGGACUUAGAAAUAGACCAGCCGGUCUAAUUAGUUAAAUUGUGGGGGUGGUUUUGGCAUUUUGUUCCUUCUUUUACUAAAUAAAUAUAUAUCUAAAUAUCUAAAUUUUGUGCCACCAGAAUAUUUAAUAAUUAAUAAAAAAAUCUUAUCUUU